CUUCGGAGUUGCGUGAUCUGACCCACCCCUCAUUCAGACCUGAAUCAUUUGAUCUCGGUUUUCAGUGCUCCCGCAAUUUAUAUUGAUUACUCCUGACCCUGUGAAUUUAUGAAUUACUGACGCUGCGCCGCUGCAUCCGUGGGGCGCAGAAAAAAAUGGCACUAAGGGUGGGGUUCGGGAUGCCCCGCCAUCUACGCUUCCCUCUUACUCCACGACCUCGACCGCAACCGCUACAUCGCCGCUACAUCACUCUCCCUCCCUACUACCGGCGGCCUAGAAUGUCUCUCCCAACCACCUACUCGGGCGCCGUCCGCAUCGCCGUGAUCGGCGGCACCGGCAUCGAAGCGCUCACACACGAAGGCUUCACGCCAGUAGCCUCGCUGACAGUGGCGACGCCAUGGGGCGCGCCCUCCAGCGCGAUCCUAAUCCUCGAGACGCCCUCUGGCGCGCCCAUCGCCUUCCUCUCUCGCCACGGCGCGCACCACGAAUACACACCGAGCGAGGUUCCGGGACGCGCCAACAUCGCCGCGCUGCGGUCCCUCGGCGUGCGCAGCAUCCUGGCGUUCUCCGCUGUCGGCUCACUGCAGGGGCACAUCAAGCCGCGCGACUUCGUGCUCCCCGACCAGAUCAUCGACCGCACCAAGGGGAUCCGCGCGAGCACGUUCUUCGAGGGCGGGAUUGUGGGGCACGUUGGGUUCGCGGACCCGUUCGACGCGGGGCUGUCGCACGUCAUCGCCGCGGUCGCUACCCGCGUCGGCGGUGCUCAUCUCCACGUCGGCGGAACAGUCAUCUGCAUGGAGGGUCCUGCGUUCUCGACCCGUGCCGAGAGCGCGAUGUACCGCUCCUGGGGCGGCAGCGUCAUCAAUAUGAGUGCGCUCCCGGAGGCGAAGCUCGCCCGCGAGGCGGAGAUCGCCUACGCCAUGGUCUGCAUGAGCACCGAUUACGACUGCUGGAAGACCGAUGAGCCCCCCGUCACCGUCGCCACUGUCACUGCGAAUAUGCGCGCCAACGGCGAGAAUGCGAAGCACCUCAUGGCGGCCGUGCUCCAGGAGCUCGCCAGGGAGGAGCAUGCGGACCUCGUCCAUGCGAAGCAUCUGGAGGGGGGCAGCAGGUGGGCAAAUUGCACCGCCCGCCCAGGUGUCGGAAGGGAGGCGAUGGAGAAGAUCGAUUGGUUGCUGCCUGGUUACUUCUCGUAGAGGGGAGUGAAGUGGAAUGUGGGGACGCCUGUUUGUCUACAUAUGUACUCAAAUAGCGACCAGGGAGAUAUCCAUUUGCGUUGGGGUGGUUUCGUGGCUUUGUUGCGUUCGAUAGGAGGUUGGCAAUUGAACCGUCUACCUACCCACUCUAAAUGGGGACGCGGGCAUGCCGGCGGCCGGGGAUGAUGAACGUCUCCCCGUUCGCCACUAGGACCAAUGUACGAUGUGAUUCUGGUGAUGGAGA